AUGAUUCUCGUUGCAUAUAUCAAAACAUUAUCAUUUUUUAAUCCUUAUACUAAUCGAUUUCUCCUUGAAGGACAUGUCAUUGAAAUUGCUUUAACCAUUUUACUUAUAAACAAUAGAUCCCUUAAUUAUAAUAAAAACAAUUGGACAUCAAUGAUAUUGAUCAUGUUCAUAACUGAAGUCUUUACCAAUAAAUACACAAAUUCGAACAUUAAUAACAGCCGCUAA